GGAAAGAGCUUCCCUCCAUCAUGCUCAACAGCAACUUUCUCACCCUCAGCCAAGUAGAUUCACUACGAGCAGUGACCACAAAGUUGAGCGAGACUGCUAAAUUUCCCCUUCUCUUGAAAAUCCUCAAUAUUCUUUUCAAUCUCACCUCCAGUUCCCAUCCCACCAACCAACCACCAACGACACUACACCAUCCACCACCCUAACAACAAAAUUACAAAUCCUAUUGCCAUGACUCAAAAGAGUCCUCCAACCGGUUCACCCUGCUGGAUCGACAUCCCAGCGGUUGACGUCGAAGCCUGCAAAGAAUUCUACUCCACGCUCUUCCCCUCUUGGGAGUUCAAGGAGCCAACCGAAGCCAAGUUGGCGAUGUGGAGUUUCGCUUCGCCGUCUGGACUUUCAGGUGGCAUAGUUCAAGUCUCCGCUUCAUGCAAGAACAACAAGCUUCAGAAUGGAAUGGGUGUUACUGUUUACCAUUUCGUUGAGAGCAUUGAUGAGAUCAAGAAGCGAGUUGAGGGUUUGGGUGGGUUGAGUUGCAGUGGGAAGGAGAAGGCUGGCGAUCACGGCAUGUGGAUGUAUUUCAAGGAUGUUGAGGGGAACAGGUUCGGUGUUUAUGAGAUGAUUGCUGGAGAGGGCGGUCAUUAGCUGCUUUCAGUGUAUGUGAGAAGCUUGUGGCCGCAGACUAGAGUGAAUCGAUGCUUUCAAUCCGAGUUGGGAGUGUGGUUGAUAGUGGUCUAUUUGGUCUUCUUGCUCCUGGACGAGCCUCAUGAGGUGACUGGAGUAUGAUGUUCCAGCACAGUGGGUCUUAAUUUGAUACAUUGAUUAGGUGACGCCAGCAAUAUCCCGAACCGAUUCUCCCUUAAGUCCAA